AUAUUUCCGCGCGUCUUCAUCAUUACGACACUGCCCUAGUGGACGCAGACCUCACUCUUCAUGAGAUAUGCUGGUCGUUGAUCCCAACGAACGCAUCAUGCAAGACAGCGGCUGGGCAGACGGUCUGCGAGGCAUCGCUGCCGUCUAUGUCGCCGCCUCUCAUCUGGUCCUCUGCUUUGGCAGACAGUUCACGAAUCCUUGCUGCACCGACAACGGGACCCCAUGGCUUUUCCAGCGACCCAUCUUGCGUCUCAUCGCCUCCGGACACAGCUGGGUCGCCAUUUUCUUUGUCCUGCUGGGUUUCGUCAACGCCCUGAAGCCCAUCAAGCAGGCACGAAGUGGUGACUCCGAGUCAGCGUUGUCAGGCCUCUCUACAGCAGCUUUCCGUCGCUCCUUCCGCCUGGUCUUGCCGGCUAGUGUCGCCACUCUUAUCUCCUGGACACUGUGCCAGACUGGAGCUUAUGAAUUAGCCAGGAACAGCGAUGCCUACUGGCUAUACACCAACACCCCGCCGCGGAGCGACUCGUGGUGUGGAGCUAUCUACGGUCUGGUGCGGGCACUAAUGUCUACCUGGAGACUGGGCGACGGCAAUCUAUACGAUCAACCCCAGUGGGCGUUGAUUUAUCUGUUGAUGGGCAGCAUCGUGGGAUACUUCGUCUUGCUGGCCACGGUACAGCUUACUACGGUUUGGAGGAGCAUUACGCUUGCGCUUUGCUUAUUCUGGUCCUGGAGCUGGUCCUACAACCUGAGGGAUCCCCUGGUCGGCUUUACAGUCAUUGGAGGCAUCCUGCUUGCAGAGUUCAGCGUCUCUCCACAGCCAGCGAAACUGGCCGCCUUCCCGCUCGUGUCGACCAUUCUAUCGCCCGUCCUCGCCCUGAUCGGAUUGGUGUUCAUGUCUUACCCGUCGAGCAACCCAGACUCGGCACCAUGGUCCGCUGUCUUGAAGUAUGUCUUCGGCAGCGUUUUUCCAAGAUCGGCUUCCUUCUCGAUGCCCCGUCUCGUUGGCAGCGUCGGUGCUCUAAUGCUGUGCUUCGCCAUUCUCAUCAGCCCGCAUCUGCGCCGCGCACUCUCCGUCAAGCCGCUCCGCUGGCUGGGCAAGCUCAGUUUCCCAAUCUAUCUACUCCACGGCACCGUCAUGCGUACAGUUCUCGCGUGGGUCGUAUUCGCUGGCCAGCCUUUGGAAGCUUUCCCACUCGAACUUGCAACCGAGGACCGCGACACUGUUUACCGGUAUGCUCAGCCCGGCAACGUACGCAUUACGAUCGGUCUCAUCAUCAUGAGUGCCUUCACCCUAUACGCGAGCCACCUCUGGGCAAACAACUUUGAACCGGCGUUUGGCAGGAUCACCGCAUGGGCGGAGGGGAAGAUGAAGCCAGAAAAGAGGGAGGGAUAAGAAGAGAAGGGGCUGAAAGCAAACAAACUCGAGAUUGCUCGCUAGAGCCCUCCAUGCGGACGCGGCUCAGCUUGACAGCAAUUAUCUUGACACACCCUGCUAGGUUCGGAAUCAUGAGAUUGAAUUACCUAAAAAAGCUGGAUCGAUCUAUUGUAUGAAGAUUCAGACGACGGCCGGGUCGACUCGGGGAUUGGAGCACGAUGAAAGACUCGGACUCGGUACUUUGAAGACGCGAGCGGCACAAUCUUUGCUUCAUCUUCAAAGCCUUGCAUACAAAGAGAAGGAAGGCAUGAAACAGCAUUGGAUAUUACAUGCUUAUUGAGCUACCUAGAUAGAUGGAUGGUGUGGUCAAGAGAGCCACUCUCGCGUCCACGACCAGCCGCCAGCGCAGGCCAGGCCUAAGAUAGAAUUCACUAUGUCAACAC